CCUCAACCUGGGUCGGUUGUACCUUCUCCUUCUCCCCAAGUGACAUACCAGGCCGUCAUUGAACUCGUCAUGAGUCGCCUGCUGAGAAUUGUUCUCCGCGCCUCUCGGACGCCACUGCGUCCAACCUCGAUCCUUUACCGUCGCGCAUAUACGACUUCUGCGGCUCCUCCCCCAUCAGAUGAUACAUCUCCAUCAUCAUCACUAUUGAUUCCCAGCUACCUUGCACAAGCCGAUAACUCCCCCACCGAUCCGUCCUCACCUCGUGGCAAUCAUAAAUACGCCAUCGAUAUAUUGGAAAAGCACAUUAAGAUCAGUGAAAAUGGCCAGGAGCCUUUCAAAGUUCUAUUUAGUACUCUCCGCGAUGCAUGCAAAUGUCCUCGCUGCGUGGACCCUCAUUCCAAGCAGCGUAACUUUCGCACCACUGAUAUACCCCUCAACAUCAAAAUUUCGGAGUGCAACCACACCGCGCAUGGGAUGGAGGUGCGAUGGACCAAUGACAUCGCAGGAUACGACGAAUCUCAUAUUUCAGAAUACAGCUUUGACUACAUUUUCAAUCCCGACUAUGAACGUUAUGAAAUGACGACGACAGGGAAAUUACGUGAGCGCGGGCUCUGGAAUAAAGCCAUGCUGAAAAAGUUUCAGCAUUGGAUCUCAUACGAAGAUUACAUGAAGGACGACGAGGCAUUCUCCGCCGCCAUGCGUAGGCUUGCAAGACAUGGCAUCAUCUUCUUAAAGGAUAUCCCCAACUCACGUGAGCUGGUCGAGAAGAUUGCCACACGCAUGGGGCCUCUACGCAAUACCUUCUACGGAUCAACGUGGGAUGUACGCACUGUCCCGGAGGCAAAGAACGUCGCUUACACGAACCAAUUCCUUAAUUUUCACAUGGAUCUCAUGUAUAUGAACCAACCACCUGGCUUCCAACUACUUCAUUGUCUGGAGAACUCGUGCGAUGGAGGAGAGUCCCUCUUCUCUGAUACCUUCGCCACUGCAUUUUAUAUGUAUUACGCUCAACGUGAGCUAUUCAACGCGCUGACUAAAUUCAACUUGAUGUACGAAUACAAUCACGACCAACACCGCUAUUCCAGAAAGUGGCCCGUAUUCCAGACCAAGGAAAUGAGAGGAAAGCAGCCUGAUUCUGAUUCGGAAAUAACUAUCUAUAGAGUCAACUACUCUCCUCCCUUCCAGGCCCCGCUGACUCGUCAUAUGAUUAACCAGAUAAGAGAUGACGAAGUGGAGAUCAAUUUCAAGGCUUUGGAUUUUUUUGCCCGUCGACUUGAAAGCCCCGAGCAUGUUUUCGAGCUGAAGCUGAAACCAGGCCAAUGCGUCAUCUUUGAAAACCGUCGCGUGGCUCACGCCCGGCGUGGGUUCAAUACCAGUGAGGGCCGCCGCUGGCUGGCUGGCGCCUAUGUUGACGACGAAGAUGUGAUCUCCAAAUUCAGGGAGUUGCGCAAGGCUUACCCGGAUAUAUGGCGUACUCGAGAAGAAAAGCAACGAGAGGACGCUAGGAUUUCCAGGUGCAAUGGCAAUGAUAUCUCUCGACUACUCGACCCCUCUAAGACAGCCGAAUCUCUGCGGAAUUGGUGGGAAAGAUAAUCAAUGCCAAUUAUUCUAUAUAGCUCCAUGGAGCCAAGAUGCGACACUGCACAUAUCCGUCCCGGUCCUGAAGGUACUAACUAGUUUCCUAGCAUGAUAUAUAUAUCGUGUGCUUUAUAGUGGCAAUAUAUCAUUGUAUAUAUAAGGGUAUUAGUCUUUUAGCAUUUCCAUCGCUGGAACAGUCCCCCCCAGCAACACUGACACAUGGAUUAUCUGGAAAAGUAUAUAAUCAACCAGGAGGCCGGGGGAAGGCGCGGC